AUGUCAAGCACAAUCGAUCAUGUGGGCAUCCACGCCCCCAAGGAUCAGUUUGAGAGCAUCAUCGACUGGUACAAGAAGGCUUUGGGCCCGGUGAACUACAGGGAAAUAAUGCGCUUCCCAGGAGCCGUCGGACUCGGCUCUGAACAUCCAGAUUUCUGGAUCUCCGAGACCGACGAGCAGUGCGGUGGCUUCCACUUUGCUUUUAUCGCGCAUGGCUGCUAUAGCAGCUGGAGGAAAGUGCAAUGGCGCUCCUGGAAUUCGAGCAGAGUAUCAUCCACAGUACUAUGGGGCAUUUGUGUUGGAUCCACUGGGCAACAAUGUGGAAGUGGUUGGUCGAGCAUUCAUCGCUAG